AUGACUUCGAGCAAACCGUCAUACAUCAUCGUCGGAGCUGGCGUGUUUGGAGUAUCCACUGCCUAUCACCUGAUCAAGAAGUACCCUGACGCGUCAGUGACUUUGGUUGAUCGAGAUGCCUUUGAUGCAGAGAGCCGCGUGGCUGCCUCGUGGGACUGGAACAAGGUAGUCCGCGCCGACUACGACGAUAUAGUAUACUGCCAACUGGCGCUUGAAGCACAAGACAUCUUCGAAACGGAUCCGUUGUGGAAGCCUUAUUUCCAUCAGACUGGCAUCUUCUGGACAUGCCGCAGCAACUACGCACAGGAAGUCAUCGACAACUACAAGAAACUCGGCCGGACCGCGGAUCUUCGAGCCGUGUCUGUCGACGAGGCCCGGAAGCUGUACGGGGGCCUUUUCGAAGACGCUGAUUACAACGGGGUCCAAGAAGUGCUCAUCAACAAGACCAGUGGCUGGGCUGCUGCUGGAGACGCUCUGCGAGCCGUCACCCGCAAAGCCAUAGAGCUCGGUGUGAAGUACGUAACGGCAGAAGUUGCAACGUUGCAACUCGACAGCCGCGGCCGUUGUUCUGGAGUCAAGACAACGAAAGGAGAGACCUUGACAGCCUCGCACGUUAUCCUCUGCACGGGUGCAUAUACGCCAAAACUGCUGGAAUUGAGCGCUGCGAGUAGUGGUCUGAAAGACCUUCGGACCGAAGGCAGGAUUGUAGCAGGUGGCAUCACAACGGGAAUGACGAAACUUGACAACGAGUCAUAUCAGAGAUUUGCCACUAUGCCGGUGGGCGUUCAGGGGUACACUGCACAAAUAGGUCCGUUUAUCGGCAGUCUUCCCCCGACUCCAGACAGAGAGAUCAAGUGGUGGGGACAGACGAUAUUCAAAAACACCCAUGAAGUGUUACCCGGCCGCCAUCUUUCAGCACCGCCUGCAGAACCAGACUACGCCCAAUGGAAAGUUUCCAGGAGACUCAAGGAAGACAUUGACUAUGCCAACAAGGUGUUUUACGGCAAGAAUGGCGCGCACUGGAAGAUGGAGAAACAUCGGAUCUGCUGGGAUGCCUUCACCACGAGCUCGGACUUCAUCAUUUCGCCACACCCAGCCUCGAAGGGGCUGUACCUCGCAACCUGUGGCUCGUUCCACGGCUAUAAGUUCUUCCCGGUGCUCGGCAAGUACGUCCUGCAAAUGCUGGAGGGUUCGCUGUCGCCGCAAUUGGUAGAGAAAUGGGCUUGGGAUCGCGAGCGGCCGGAUCCGUCACUUAACCCGGAUUGGCCGAGGGCCGAGAUGAAAGAUCUCCUGGACCCAGUCAGAAGUUCGAAGCUGUAG